AGUUCCGUUCCGAGCUGGAGCUUUUACUGCUCAGUCCUCGCCUGUUCUUCUCUUCACGGCUGCGUCUUAUCUUUAGCCGGGGCAAUGUCCAGAGGGCCGGGCCGUCUGAUUGAUAACGUGAAGAAGUUUGCCGACACGCAGUACAAAGAAUUCACAGCUCGGUAUGGCGACCAAUUGGUGGACGUUUUCGAGUUCCCCAUUAAGCUUGUGCUGUCCCCUUUCACCCUCGCCUUUGACAUCGUUGGCUCCGCUCCCCGAGGGUUCGGCGUCCCUGAACUCAUCUCGAAGCUCUCGUAUGCUUCCGUCUUCGCUGUGGCUACACUUGGGACGUAUGAUAUUGCUUUGGAGUUGGGAAAGAAGGUUAUCUGCCAGAGGAACUGUCGAACUUGCAAUGGUUGGCAGGCAUUGCGGUGUACCAUGUGUAGAGGAUCAGGAAGUGUGCAGUACCAAGUGAGAAAUUACUCCUUGAGAAGAGGGGAGAAGCCCACUGCUGAAUGUGUUGCAGAUGCAAUUUCUGAAAAUCGAGCUGAAGUAAUGCAUUUUCCAGCUGCCGUGAAUUCUGAUGUGCCUUUGCCAUCUAAAGACUGUCCAGACUGUGACGGGACGGGUGUAAUGGGGUGUCCUGAAUGCAAAGAUAAAUUACAAGUCAGGAUCUCUGCGGAUGAUAUUAUGGAGCCACCAUGGAAAGCAUAUAAUGUUCUGCGCAAGAUGGACUAUCCUUAUGAGCAUAUCCGUGACAGCAUGAAAGAUCCUAGUAUUGCUGCUUUUUGGUUGUUUACCUUCCCCCAGGUCGUGGGUGGGUUGAAUUAUGAUGAUGACAUCAAAAGGAAAAUUUGGUGGCAGUACGAGGAAUCAUUUCGAUAUGAUAAAUUACGGGAUAUCGUGGCUAAGCGAGCUCCUGGCUGGGAAUUAUUACAGGAAUUUAUUUAUUUCCUCAUUACCUAUCUUUCACAGGCCUUGAUCACGAUAGACCCUAUUCGUGCCAGGGAAGAUCCAGUUAUUGUGAAAAAUCUUCCACACUACAGGGCCAAGAAGGCAUUGGAGGCAGAGGUCAUGAGACUUGAUCCACCACCACGGCCAGAAAAGUGGGGAGAGCUGGACCUUCCUCUGAAUUCUUCAUCCUGGAGUGAGGAAGAUCUAAAAAAGCCAGAAAAGUUCUAUGAGAUGACCGUUCUUCUUAAUGCACAAAGAGAAAUGUCUGAUAAAAUGCUGGAUGCACAAUGGGAAGCUAAAUGGCGUCAGGAAAAGUUGAACCAAAUGUUGGAGGAGAAGGUGCAGCCAUACAUCAAGGAUGCCGACAAUGGCAUUCUCUCGCAACCAAUCGUCUUACAACCACAAAAUCAGCAGAAAGAGGUCUCACCUUUAGUCCUCUACUUUCAUUGUGCAGAAAAUGCAUCGACUUAAAAGUUGCCUAGGCUGUAAUGUGCUCUGCGGUCAAAUUAUCGCCCCUGAAAGUGCAUCAUAUAAUGUUUGGUUCUUUGGUUGCAGAGGAAGAGGCGAAAGAAAUGGUGGAUUUUCUGAGUUCGUGUGUUGUUCAUAGGUAGAUGGUGUUCUUAUAGAGCCAAUGACACGAGAAACCAGCGCAGUAUCUGCAGUCUGCUUCUUCCUCCCGUGUCUGCAUCUAGCUCCUGCAGCUAGAGAUAACUUCCUUGCAGCAUGCGAAAUCAAUGAUGGCCAAUCGUUGUAAUGGUCGACCAGUUACGCUGAUGUAAAGAAAGACAUUAUGAGGAGAAAGUGGUAUAUCUGUGCAACACUCAAUGCAUCGAGCAAGUGUGUUACUACAAAACAAUUUUGUUUGAUCUAUAUCGCUGUCACACGUACGUGGUUGUUUUAGU